GCAUACCUGUCCGUGCCAUUCAGAGAAUAUAUUCUUCAUUUCGCUCUCACUUUAUUGGUAAACGUCAUCAUAUUUCUUUUACUACCUCCACGUGUCAACUACAGCAUUCACUCGCCUUCCCCUCCACCAUGCCCCUCUUCAGGCCUAUAAAAGCAUCCUUGCAACGACCCUCCGUUAUAUUCGAAGAAUCUCUUGAAAUCCCACUCAAACGCUGAUUCGUAUUUCAAAAUGUCCGAUACGGAUGCCAAUCAUCAUACAGACAUGAGGAUUCAAGAAAAUGAAAAAAGACUCGAUUAUCUAGAUUUCGUCCAAGUGGCAGCGAUCUACAUUAUAGUCUGCUUUUCAACACUCUACGCAUACGCUAAGGAGAAUUCCGGUCCACUUAAACACGGAGUGGAAACCGUUGAAGGAAACGUUAAAGCCGUUAUUGGUCCCGUUUACGAGAAGUUUCAUGAUGUUCCGUUUGAACUCCUCCAGUUCGUCGAUCACAAGGUGGACGAGUCUUUGAAGGAACUGAAAAAGCAUGUGCCUUCUCUGCUGAAGCAAGCAUCGAGUCAGGCACGAGCUGUGGCUUCUGAAGUUCACCGCGCCGGUGUACUGGACACUGCGAAGCACAUUUCAAUCAGUGUGUAUUACAAGUACGAGCCGACGGUCAAGGAGCUAUACUGGAGGUACGAGCCGGUUGCCGAACAAUAUGCAGUUUCGGCUUGGAGGUCGCUGAAUCGGCUUCCCAUUAUCCCGCAAGUGGCUCAGAUCGUUGUCCCAACGGCUACCUACUGGUCUGGCAAGUAUAACCAGGCGGUUUGUUAUACGGACGAGAGGGGAUAUGCGGUGGCAGAGUAUCUGCCGUUGAUUCCAAUCGAGAGGAUCGCAAAAGUUUUUGAUGAGAAUGAGAUAGGGCCCACCAUUUCGACGAAUGGAGAGACUGAGAACUGAAUAGCUGGAUUUUGGUUUGGGUUUUUUAUUCGGUUGUACCUGUAGUGUAAUGUUGUUGUUACUAUUGAUUUUGCAUGUCUGUCAAGUACGUUAGCAAUAAAUCUGUUUUUUUUUUUUUUUAAAAGAAUAUUAACAAUAAAUUUUAUGAUUUUGUUUGG